AUGACUUCCCAAGCAGAGCGCUUUGCUGCACUGCUGGGCACUUCAUCCGACACUUCCGCAGCUAUCAAUGGCGCAGCUCACAACAACAACGCCUUCUGUGAGACUGCUCCUAUGGGCAUGCAGUUCGUUCCCAUCAGCGCCGUCUCCAAGUUCCCCUACAAAUACAUGAAGAGGUCACAAAGCGAGCCCGUCUCCGUUCAAUUCUUUGCUGGUGGCAAGUUCUGGGAUCGCGAUUGGGAUCUGUAA